GACGUCAUCACGCACGGACACGGCGCUGUCAAAACUUCCGGGAAGAAGCGCCUGAGCUUCAGGAUCACAAACCUGAAAAUACACCACAAAACAGCAGCUCCGGUCAACUCAGCAGGGCUCAGAAAGGAGACUGAGGGUCCCAGAAGCCGUAUGUGGUAUUAAUAGAGGUAGAGGUUAGGUUAGAGCCGCGGACAGCUGCUUUUUCGGGCUGAAUUAGUGCAGCGAGGCUAGGACAAGUUAGCCUUACCUUUCCGAUGGCGUCCGGCUACAACGCGAAGGAGGAGGACGGACACCGGGCCGGGGCUGCAGGCCCCGGGGAGAGCGCCAGCAGGAGCAGAAAGCCCGACAACACAGCCUUCAAGCAGCAGCGUUUGCCGGCCUGGCAGCCCAUCCUGACCGCGGGGACCGUGCUGCCCGCUUUCUUCAUCAUCGGUCUCAUCUUCAUCCCCAUCGGCAUCGGCCUGUACGUCACCUCCAACAACAUCAGGGAGUUCGAGAUCGAUUACACCGGGACAGACCCAUCGAGUCCGUGCUACAAUUGCUCUCAGACCUACAGCUGGAACAGCACGACACUGUGCACAUGUACACUGACCUUCUCUCUUAACCAGCCCUUUGAGGGCAAUGUGUUUAUGUACUAUGGCCUGUCAAAUUUCUACCAAAACCAUCGACGCUAUGUUAAAUCCAGAGAUGACAGCCAGUUGAAUGGAGACCUCUCAUCACUGAAGAGCCCCAGUAAAGAAUGUGAGCCGUAUCACACAAAUGAAAAGCCCAUUGCCCCAUGUGGAGCAAUUGCUAACAGCAUGUUUAAUGACACAUUGGAAUUGUUUUACAUCGAUCCCAAUGAAACCCGCACCCCGAUUCCACUGAUGAAGAAGGGCAUUGCUUGGUGGACAGAUAAGCAUGUGAAAUUCAGAAACCCUGGUGGCAGCAAUGCGAACCUGACAGCUGUUUUCCAAGGCACCACAAAGCCGGUUAACUGGCGCAAGCCGGUCUACGAGCUGGACUCUGACCCAGAGAACAAUGGCUUCAUUAAUGAAGACUUAAUUGUUUGGAUGCGCACAGCUGCCCUGCCCACUUUCAGGAAACUCUACCGCAUUAUCCAGAAGAAGAACAACAUGACGCCCACGCUGCCCAGGGGCAACUACACACUGGAAGUCACGUACAAUUAUCCCGUGCACAGCUUCGAGGGCCGUAAGCGUAUGAUCCUGAGCACCAUCUCGUGGAUGGGAGGAAAGAACCCCUUCCUAGGUAUUGCUUACAUGACUGUGGGCUCCAUCUGCUUUGUCCUAGGAGUGGUGCUGCUCUUCAUCCACCACAAAUACGGAAACCGCAACAACAGCUCCGACAUUCCGAGCUAACUUGCCUCCGCCCUCCGCAUCCCUCCACAUGCAUGCUGAAAGCCACCGCUUACAGUCCGAGCAUGUCUCAGUGUGUCGUUUGUGUAUUUGAAUAGUGUGCUUGUAGUCGCAGAGAUGCCUGGCAGCACUUCGGAGGGUAACGCACAGGCUCUGAAUGAGACGGCGAAACCACAUAUCUGAUUCUAUAUUUAUUUUUGAUGGUCCUGAGGUAAGAUGUACGUUUUAUUCUGUGAUCUCUGUAGCUGUGGGGCUCGUAUCUGAAGGCUAUGCUUCAGCUGAAAUGUAUAUAUUUGAAUACAGGCAAGUGUAGCGCUACAGACUUUCACUUGAGAAUUGCAUUUAAACCGGAUGAAUGUAUAUGAGCUUUAAUUGUCUAAGUCCAAUUCUUGCCUAAAUCUUGCUGCCUGAAAUAAGUAACGUAUAAUAUGAUAUACAAUGUUGAGAAUAGUUCCAUACAGUCUAUGACUACUAGUCACCUUCCCUUACAACGAUUUUUUCUCCUUUUUUUUUUUAAACCUAAAGCUUGUCCAAGAACUAAUUUCCAGUGCUAAUUUACCACUGGUUUAGCAGUUUAGUCCAGGAAACCGCCCCACAAAGGUUUCAGUCAUUUUAAGGGAUUUGUUCAUGUUGGGUCCCAAAAAAAAAAAAUCCCAAAAAUCCAUGUUGCUCACAGAUUCAGGGAUUUCACGAAGCAGGAUUACUCAUCACUUAAACCAAAGUUCAAGUCUGUCUGAAUUUUUCUGUCAUUUUUCUGUCAAAUUUUCUGUCAUUUGCUCAGUUUUUUCAGUUUAACACCGAAAUCGUUUGUGAAAAGUCCUGCAGGUCUGUUUGAGCAUUGAUUUCGCGGAGAUGCUCAGGUCUGUGGUUUGCGUUAUUCAAAUGUACGUGGCUUUUAGUUUUGCUGCUUCCUUUGUUUGUUUCUUUUUAAUAUGGUUUCAGGAGAUUUGACGUGGUUGUAGGUUUUUAUCUGUGUCCGCGGUUGUACUGUCCAUACUGUAUCCAACUGUUGCAGUGGUGUGCAAAGGUUUGGGCGCCCCUGGUCAAUUUAAAUGUUCUGCCCACUUGUGAAAAUACGUUAACACAUUCUGUACUGAGCACACACUCCUGGACGUUUUAAAGUAGUUUAUUUACUGAAUUGGACACAUCAAGAGAUAAUUAAGCAGAAUGUGGCCUGUGCAAAGGUUGUUAUUCUGUUUCCAGACAUGAGUUCAGCAAAUAAAUUGAAAGAAGCUUGUGCACUAAACUUGGCUCAUAGAUGACAUUUAAUUGUGCUCUCUACAGCCCCCUGCUGGUGACAUUGUGUAUAAAUAAAAAUAAGGCGAGGCCACGCCUUAUUAAUGCGUGGGAACAAGAUCCCAGUUUGUGUCCCGGAUUUACUAUGGUGUAGGAAUGAGACCCGAAUUCAUGGCCAUGCUGGAUUAAUGUGUGGUAACAAGAACGUAAUAUGUGACCGUGACUUAAUAAUGUGUAGGAAUGAGAUCCUGAUGUGUGUCCACGCCUUAGUAAGGCAUGGGAACGAGACAAUUGUUGCGAUCAUGCCUUAUUAAACUGUGGUCAAGGCUUAAUUAUCUCAUUCCCACACCUUACGAAGUUGUGGCCAUGCAUUAGGAUGUCGUUUGGAACAAGACGAUUAAGUCGUGGCCGUGUAUGUCCCCUGUAGGACUCCGUAGGUCUCUGUAGAGGACGUGUUAACAUGCGUCCUUUGACCAGUGGUGUUCAAACUUGCAUAUGACUGUAUUUGCACUUUAGACUUGCCAUUGCUUUUAUAAGUCAUUUAUCUUUUUUUUUCUCUUUAACGAAAAUGUUUGUCUUUUGUUUCUGAAGAAAUAAAGGUUAAUAUUAGACGCAAA